AUGGAGGAUUAUAAAUGGAUCCAUUUUUUGGAUUUUCAUUGGAGAUUAGGAAUAGAUGGACUCUCUAUAGGACCCAUUUUACUGACGGGAUUCAUCACUACUUUAGCUACUUUAGCGGCUUGGCCGGUUACUCAAGAUUCUCGAUUAUUUCAUUUCCUGAUGUUAGCAAUGUACAGCGGACAAAUAGGAUUAUUUUCUUCUCGAGAUCUUUUACUUUUUUUCUCAUGUGGGAUCCUAUCCUGUGGCUUUGGAAAUAUUAUUUUAUAUUGGAUUUUUCUUGCUUUUGCUGUUAAAUCGCCGAUUAUACCCCUACAUACAUGGUUACCAGAUACCCACGGAGAAGCCCAUUACAGUACUUGUAUGCUUCUUGCCGGAAUCUUAUUAAAAAUGGGAGCGUAUGGAUUAGUUCGGAUCAAUAUGGAAUUAUUUCCUCAUGCUCAUUCUCUAUUUUCUCCUUGGUUGAUAAUAGUGGGCGCAAUGCAAAUAAUCUAUGCAGCUUCAACAUCUCUUGGAAUUGGUUCUAUCACGGAUAUGGGGCUUAACGGGGCACUUUUACAAAUAAUAUCUCAUGGAUUUAUCGGUGCUGCGCUUUUUUCUUGGCCGGAACAACUUAUGAUAGAAUACGUCUUCUUUAUCUUGAUGAAAUGGGUGGAAUAG